UGGCCUCGCCCGAGGAGGGACCGCGCGCUCCGUCAGAGGGAGGGAGCGCGAGCACAGCCACCACACGGAAUGUGACGCGAAAGUUACUCCAGUCCACCACUGCGCGCAUGAAAAAAUGCUGCGCGACUAAUUGUAGCGAAACGAAACAUUAAAUGGGAUUAUUAUUGGGAUUAACAGAGAGAGUAAUUUUGUGGCUGGUCAGAGAGUUUUCCUCGGAACAAUGAAUGCUCAUUUAAAGCCACUUCGGGUUAUCGGAAGACUACCUGAAUAGACCUGCCUGGUUUAAAAGAAACUAACGCACGCUCUAGCCAGUUGGAGAGUGACCGCCUCACUUUCAAAAUCGUUGAGUUCGGAGUAAUUUACACAGAGUUGUUAGUUUUCCAAUAGACUCAGCUGUUUUAAAAGGGUGAGACUCCGUAGUUACGAGGUGGAUUCGUAUGUGAAUAAUAUAUGUUAAUAAUUUGGUGCCGGGAUGAACCUGUGAUACUCUGGCGGACCCCACAGCCGCGUCUGACUGGGGGGAGUCGUUGAUGGAGGUUUUAAGUGGGACCUGCUAGGAUGGACGUGGUUGAUGAAACGGAAGCCUUACAGAGAUUCUUCGAAGGUCAUGAUAUUAACAGCUCUCUGGAGCCGGCCAACAUCGACACCAGUAUUCUGGAGGAGUACAUCAGCAAAGAGGACGACACCAGUGAUAUCUGUUUCUCGGAGGUCCACAGCGCCCCAGGCCCAGGCUACCCCUCUCCCCAGCCCGGAGGCUCCUCCACUGGGGGAGUGGUGUGUGGGGUGAGCCCCCCCAUCCCCCUCCGCCACGGAGCCCAGACAGGCCUGCCCCCACCCUGCCAGACGCCCUACCCGCCCCCACCCCCCAUUGGCCUGCUCAGGCACAACUACCCCUACCUGGGGCAACAGAACCCCAACCAGCAGAACCACCAGCACCAGAACCAGAACCAGAACCAGAACCAGGUCAAAGCGGAACACAGAGCGCUCUACGCCCCUGGGACAUUACCUGAGUCGCCUCCUGACUCCAGCUCCGAGCCAUACUCCCCCCAGCAAGUGAAUGACCCACACAUGCUCAGAACCAUGACCCCUGAGAACAUGUGUCACAUGACCCCGCCGCCCCCCAUGCCCCCACACCCCCACUAUCCCAGCAUGCACCGGGACAUGUACCUGAAGCCGGAGCCCAUGAUCUCUCAGUACCCCAUCGGUCCGGUCGGGAACGGGGGCGGAGACAUGCAACAGAGUCAGAUGCUUCAUCAGCUUCUGCAGCAUCCGCAAUCAGGACCAGAUGGUAUUCCAGUUCACCAGUCAAAGAAGAGAAAGCACUCAGAAUCUCCCAACAGCACUAUGAAUGCUCAGAUUCUCUCUGGCAUCAUUAAACAGGAGCCAGCUGACAUCAGUUUUGUGUGUGUGUUCACUGGAGAAGGGUGCAUGCAGGAUGCGGAGAGCUCCUACCUGGACCCUAACUACCAGUGCAUCAAAUGGCAACCCCACCAGCAGAACAAGUGGGCAUCCAUCUACGAUGCUAACGGCAAAGAGCUUCCUGUCCCUACAUACAGAGUGGACGCUGAUAAGGGCUUUAACUUCUCAUUGGCUGACGAUGCCUUUGUGUGUCAGAAGAAGAAUCACUUCCAGGUCACCGUGUACGUUGGCAUGCUGGGAGACCCCAAGUAUGUCAAGACCAGCGAGGGGCUGCAGCCAAUCGAAUGCUUCUAUCUGAAGCUCAAUGGAGUUAAGCUGGAGGCCAUGAACCAGAGCAUAAAUGUGGAGCAGAGCCAAUCAGAUCGCAGCAAGAGACCCUUCAAACCAGUACUAGUGACGCUACCCCCAGAGCAGGUCACCAAGGUGACAGUGGGACGACUGCACUUCAGUGAGACGACAGCCAAUAAUAUGAGAAAGAAGGGCAAGCCCAACCCUGACCAGAGGUACUUCAUGCUGGUGGUAGCCCUGCAGGCCCAUGCUCACAGCCAGACCUUCACGUUGGCAGCUCAGGUGUCCGAGAGGAUCAUCGUCAGGGUAACCUCUGCAUCUAACCCAGGCCAGUUUGAGAAUGACAGUGAGGUCCUGUGGCAGAGGGGGCAGACGCCAGACUCUGUGUACCACCAUGGCAGAGUGGGCAUCAAUACGGACCGCCCCGACGAGGCCAUGGUCAUCCACGGCAACCUGAAGGUCAUGGGGUCACUGGUGCACCCCUCAGACAUGCGCGCCAAGGAGAACGUCCGUGAGGUUGACACCACUGAUAACCUGAAGAGGAUCUCUAUGAUGCGGCUGGUCCACUAUCAGUUCAAACCAGAGUUUGCGGCCAGUGUAGGCAUAGAAGACACUGCAGACACAGGAGUGAUAGCUCAGGAAGUGCAGCAGAUUCUCCCCGAGGCAGUCAAGGAGGGCGGUGAUGUGGUGUGUACCAAUGGAGAGACCAUCCCCAACCUACUAGUAGUCAACAAGGACCGUAUCUUCAUGGAGAACGUUGGGGCAGUGAAGGAGCUGUGUAAGCUGACUGAUAACCUGGAGACCCGUAUUGAUGAACUGGAGCGCUGGAGUCGGAAACUGGCCAAACUCCGCAGACUGGACAGCAUGAAAAGCACCAUCAGUGGAGGCACUAUCAGCCUAUCAGGAAGCCAGUUCAGUAGGACAGGAAGUGGACCCCUGAAGAAAAAAGCAGUGAAACCUGGGAGCAAGAGCCCCACCCCAGAGCAGGGCUGUUUGAGUCAGCGUUUCCUGCAGGGCACCAUUUUGGCUCUGGUCGUCAUCAUGGCUUUCAGCGUGAUCUCCAUGUCGGUCCUCUAUGUGUUAAACCUGCACCAUCAUGCUGCAACCACCCAGAGUGCUGGCUCUGAGUCCUCCUGCGUUCUCUUGGUCUCCUGGAUGCCCUUCCUCACCGCCACUGUCACUCUCUGUCCUUCUGUCUGUCCAUGGUCUACUUCAGCGCGUGGCUCUGCUCGUAACGCUGUCUACUCCCCCGGAGCUAACCCCUCUGGAGUACCAGGCACCUCUCUACCCUCCACCUCACUGCCCAAUCACGUGGCUUGCUGUCCUCCAAUGACUGCAUUGACUAACCAAUCAGCAACAAGCCUGUCGCCUAGCACCAACCAAUCCACUACAGACUCUGGCAGCCCCUCUCCCACCCAGCCCAGCAUCAGUAAGAAGGCCAAGUCCAGGCUCAUGGAUAAGGACAGCCGCAGCAGGAACCGGCUGAGCCACACCUCCGCCCCGCUCUUCCUCAACAAGGCCAAGAGGCCCCCCCCUCCAGACGUCAACACUGGGGGGGGCAACAACCGUCUGCCAGGGGGGCAACCACCACGCAGACAACGCAGCGCACACACAAAGGGUCAGAGCAUCUCCCCCUCUAUCAGUGUGCUCUACAUUCUGGAGACAGAUCAGGAAAUUACAACAAAGACCUGCCCUGUACCAGAGGACUGCAGGGCUGGGCGUUACAGCUUCACUGUGCCUUUACAGAGAAACGUCUCCUCCUCUAUGUCAAAUGUUACCUUACACAUGAUCUCUGAGGAGAGUGUGUGUGUUCAGCAGUGUGGUGUGACCCUGGGCCGUCUGUGUCCAGAUCAGACAGGGACAAGCCUCCCUGGCAAACAGGAAGCCAUAACAAAGGGCACAGAUCACCUGUGGUCAGUUCCUGUGCUCGCAUUCCAAGACGUCACCUACCAUUUUCGCGUGUCUUCAUCUGGUGCUGUGAGCUGCAGCAGUGAGGAAGAUGAAGAUCGGGGUGAGGAGGAUGAGGUCUUCUCACCGUACUCUGACUACUUCUUCCUCAUCCAGACCAGCUGCCCCUGAGAUGGAGGCGGCCGAGUCUGUAGGCGGCGUUUUUUAACAACUCCCACUUCGUCCAUUUUUCAGUCUCUCUCUCUCUCUCUUUCUCUCUCUCUCACUCACUCUGUCUCUCCUAGAAAUUGACUGUCAUUUUUCUUAAACUUUUUUGUUGUUUUACCAGGAUUCUUUUCUUUCUUUUGUUUGAAGUUUAAUUUGUUAGAGAUCAUUUCCCCAUAUGACGAGUUCCACACCGUACAAUGGGGCCUAAGAGAGCGGGUACCAGUGUGUGUGUGUGUGUGUGUGUGUGUGUGUGUGUGUGUGUGUGUGUACAUUGGGGCCUAAAAGAGCGGGUGUGUUUGAGAGAGUGCAGCCCCCCCCCCAAACGAGUGUGAACUUGAGAGAACUUGCCAACCCGUGAAUGUAAACAGGUACCAGUGUGUGUGUAUGUGUGUGUGUGUGUGUGUGUGUGUGUGUGUGUGUGUGUUGAUGGAGCCUCUCGGUCAGUCAAAGAGGAUGGACUGCAGAAGGACUCUGCUCUGGAAUCCAAACGUAAACACACCAGGCUUGAUAAAUCUCCCAGCACCCCUCUGGGCUUUCCAACAACAACCUGAUUAUGGCUGUUACCCUCAAAUGGAUUCGGUCACACACACCACAUACGCUUGCAUGCACACACUGACUGACGGUGGACAUACACCGGUCUUAAACACACACACACACACACACACACACACAUACCCUUACACUUUUGAUGACCUUUUCUGAAGUGUUUAUACUGCAUGUUAAACAGGAUUAAUGGGACUGAUGGCUCUCCGUGCCGACUGCAGCCGCUGCUUCCUCCACAUUGACACUGUAUUUGUGUUGAUUGCCGUAGAGAAUGCAGAGGAUUGGGCCCAUUUGUGACGGCUCAGUUUACUACAGAUCGGGUGUGUUUCCUGAAAGAGAUGCUGUGCAAUGACUAUCCUUAAAUGACAGAGAGACAAUGAUUAUGAACACACACUCUCUUGUUUACCACGGUCGUUACACUAAGACACUUUCAGGAAAUGCGCUCCAGAUUGUCUGAGUCUGUGCCCGUCACAUUCAACGGUGUGGCUCAUUCAGUGGGCCCAUGGGAGAUCACUCUUGUAUAGGGUUUCAUGCUAAAUGGCUGUGUGGGUGUGUGUGUGUGUGUGUGUGUGUGUGUGUGUGUGUGUGUGUGUGUCUCAGUGCCAACACCAGAAGUGCGAGUUAAUACAGUUAUUUCAUGGUGGAUUGCAGAAUGUUUUCUUUAUUUUUGUAGGGUACAGGAUGGUUUAAAUACUAUUUGAACAAGCCACUAUUAGAGAGCUAUAUUCUGUUGUUUCUGUGUUUGUGUGGAGGGAUCUUUACAACUAUAUUCUGUUGUUUCUGUGUAUUUGUGGAGUGAUUUUUACAAUUAUAUUCCACAGCAAAAGCCCCCGUCAUUGGUGUUAAUGUGUCAUAUCAUCUCAAAAGUAAUCACUGGAUUUGUUAUGUAUCUAAAAAAACAUCACUGGCUAUGUUAGAAAACUGGACGAUCUUAAAACACUGGAACAUGUGGCUCAUCUGGUUAGAAGUGCUUCAACAUCGUCUUCCCAACUUCAGAAAUGGAGUUCUUACUGAUGCGUCAUAAUUUACAAACACUGAAUUUACCACUGAUUUUACAUGUCAUGACUUACCAUCUCAUUGUUACAAUGUUACAUCUCAUAGGAACACUGGAGUUACCACUGAUGUUGCCAUGUUACAUCUCAUAAGAACACUGGAGUUACCACUGAUGUCAUAAUGUUACAUCUCUUGAGUUACCACUGAUGUCAUAAUGUUAUGUUACAUCUCUUGAGUUACCACUGAUGUCAUAAUGUUACAUCUCUUGAGUUACCACUGAUGUCAUAAUGUUACAUCUCUUGAGUUACAACUGAUGUUACAAUGUUACAUCAUCUCUUAAGAACACUGGAGUUUUGACUGAUUUUCCAUCCCAUAAAAACACUGAAUUUACCACGGAUGUUACAUCAUCUCAUAGAACACUGGAGUUCCCUACGGUGGGAAAGCCUCACUGGAGUCUUUUUAAGUGACACUGUAAUCUUAAACUGUAACCUUAAACUGUUUUUUUUGUGAUCUUAACUUUAUCUAAUCUCUCGUUUUACCCUGUGUGUUGUAAAGUUAUCUUUUUGUUUAAGUACAACCUCACUGAUCAAUGUAUUUUUAAAAUCACUUUAGAAUGUACAGCCUGUAUGAAAUCAUGUGUUUGCCACUCCAAGGCAUAGUCUCUGAUAGCAGAAGGACUGUUAGCUCAUGGAGACGUGUGGAGUACAUGUGGACUCAGCUAAAGGCCUGGCGUGUGCUGUUCGGUUGGGACGUUGUGCUUCUUGAGGAUGCGGAUUCUGAAAGAGUUGAAAGCAGACAGUAACGCACUGUCUUGGACCCUCAAACUGAACCCGGAUCAGCCGUUCACUCACCUUGGUGGCUUUUGACUUGGCAAUGGAAACAUGGACUGUUCUUUGAAGCGCUGUUUCCAUAGUCUCAACCACGCUCAUUUGAUCUUCUCUUCAUAGACUGCUCCUCUUCUUCUGUGUGCCUCCCCCUCUCCUGAGCUCUGUUCUCCCCCAAAGCACACUCGCCAUGACAGAAGACCUCACUGUAAUAUGAGUUACUGAUUGAGAUCUAUGUUACUGAACGACCAGCUCAGAUUGGAGAUGGAUCCUAUGCUAAAUAUACGUACAUGUGCAGCUUGUGAUUCCCAUUCCCUUGAGCAGGUGAGAGUUUGUGAUUUGAUCAGGGACGCCCUGAGGGACUCACACACACACACACACACACACACACGCACACACACACACACACACACACACCCGAGGGACACUCACACACACACACACACACACACACACACACCCGAGGGACCCUAGAGCCUCACAGCUGCGAGUGCUGAGGGUGCGGACCAUUCAGAUCCUCCACAUGUGAGCACAGUGUCCUCUGGGCAGAUGUGAAAUGUGCCGUAGCCCAGGUGAAUCUUUCUAUAGUCGUAUGAAGCGAAGGAGAGAAUACAGUCUCAUAUUCUGUGCCACGGUAGAAGGAUGUAUUUAAACUCUACGAGCUGGUAUUAUGAAAUCAGUAAAGCACUUCUAGUCUAUGCACUAUAUAUACAUGUACAUGACAUACUUUUGUUCUCUAACUGGAUUUUAUUCUGGAAAGAAAUACUUUUUUUUUUAUCUCAUCACUUAAUUUUGUAACAAUCAAUGAUUUUGUGUUUUUUGACAUUUACAUUUGUCUGUUAUUGUUGUUGUCACCAUUAACGUCUGUUUUUGUCUCAGCAUUCUCAAAUGUUAUUAUGAAAUAUGACUUGAUAAAAACAUUCUCAAAUGUUAUUAUGAAAUAUGAUUUGAUAAAAGCAUCAUAAUGUCUCCCCAUGUUUAACCAAUCUUAUACUCCAAGUGUAAUUUCAGAAUGAAUUGUAAAAAAGAUGCGAACAAAACAUCAUACCUGUUAUUUUUCUCUUUCUUUAUUUCAUUGUUUGGAAAACAUUAACUUUGCUAGCACAGUGUGUAAAAUUUGGCCAACACUUUGACACUAAAUACUUCACUCAUAAAAUAAUCACUCCCUAACACAAUGUUGUACAUUCUCAUAUUUUGUUCUCCUCACGUGUGUGACCCUGAUGUGAUUCAGGUGUAGUCUGAAGCCCCUGCUAAGCUGUAUUGUAAGGCAUGAUUAUCAUUGUAUCUCAGAGCACUUGCCUCCUGCUUUUUUCUUCUUAUUUGUCAUGUUUUGGACCGCAUGUACUUACAUCAUAAUGAACACUUUCAAGAAUGAUGAGUGAAUUAAAUAGUAAUUCUGAACUA